GGCCCGUUCCGCUCGCUCCGCCGCGUCAGGCUGCGUCUCCUCAGCUCCUCAGCUUCUGGCGGGCGGCGGCGCCGCAACUUUUGACAUUUUGGCGGCUGAGGCGCGCGCCGGCACUCCCGGGCCGACUGCGGACCCUCGAGGGCCUCUCAGCCGCGCUCCGGCGCUCCCGCCGCCCCGGGUCGGGCGGCCACGAGGCCCGGCCGCGUCCUCCCGCGCUCGCCCGCCGGGCGGCUGCAGCCAUGUCGCGGGGGCCGGAGGAGGUGAACCGGCUCACCGAGAGCACCUACCGGAAUGUUGUGGAACAGUUCAAUCCUGGGCUACGAAAUUUAAUAAACCUAGGAAAAAAUUAUGAAAAAGCUGUUAAUGCUAUGAUCCUGGCGGGAAAAGCCUACUACGAUGGAGUUGCCAAGAUUGGUGAGAUUGCCACCGGGUCCCCUGUGUCAACAGAGCUGGGCCGUGUUCUCAUAGAGAUUUCAAGUACCCACAAGAAACUCAAUGAGAGUCUUGAUGAAAAUUUCAAAAAAUUCCAUAAAGAGAUUAUAUAUGAACUGGAGAAAAAGACAGAACUUGAUGUAAAAUACAUGAAUGCAACUCUCAAAAGAUACCAAACAGAACACAGGAAUAAAUUAGAUUCUUUGGAGAAAUCUCAAGCUGAAUUGAAGAAGAUCAGAAGGAAAAGUCAAGGAGGACGAAAUGCACUCAAAUAUGAACACAAAGAAAUUGAGUAUGUAGAAACUGUUACUUCUCGCCAAAAUGAAAUCCAAAAAUUUAUUGCGGAUGGUUGCAAAGAAGCUCUACUUGAAGAGAAAAGGCGCUUCUGCUUUCUGGUUGACAAACACUGUAGCUUUGCAAAUCACAUACAUCAUUAUCAUUUACAGUCUGCAGAAUUGCUUAAUUCCAAACUGCCUAGGUGGCAGGAAACCUGUGGUGAUGCCACCAAAGUACCAGAGAAAAUCAUGAAUAUGAUAGAAGAAAUAAAGACCCCAAUCUCUACCCCAAUAUCCGGAACGCCUCAGCCUUCACCAAUGAUCGAGAGACGCAACGUGGUUGGGAAAGAUUAUGAUACCCUUUCUAAAUAUUCGCCAAAGAUGCCCCCACCAGCUCCUUCAGGCAAAGCAUAUACCAGUCCUUUGAUUGAUAUGUUUAAUAACCCAGCAACAGUUGCACAGAAUUCAGAAAGGAUAAAUAAUUCAACAGAUUCUUCAGAUGAUCCCAGUUUACCGCGAUCAGUUUCUGUUGCAACUGGACUGAACAUGAUGAAAAAGCAGAAAGUAAAAACUAUUUUUCCACAUACCGCUGGCACUAACAAGACCUUACUUAGCUUCGCACAAGGAGAUGUCAUCACACUGCUCAUCUCUGAGGAGAAAGAUGGCUGGCUUUAUGGGGAACAUGACAACACCAAAGUGAGAGGUUGGUUCCCAUCAUCAUAUACAAAGUUGCUGGAAGAAAAUGCAAAGGAGACAGUGAAUGUGCCUACGCCAAGCCCAGCACCAGUAAGAAGCGUCAGCACGGUGGACUUAUCUGAGAAAAGCAGUGUUGUCAUCCCCCCACCUGAUUACUUGGAAUGUUUGUCCAUGGGAGCGGCUGCAGAUAAGAACGUAGAUGUUUCUAAAAAUACUUCCACCUUUAAAGCACCAGUGUCUAAACCAGAAACCACAUCUCCUAAGGAUGCAAAUGGGACUGCAAAGCCUCCAUUUCUCAGUGGAGAAAACCCCUUUGCUACUGUGAAACUCCGACCGACAGUGACAAAUGAUCGAUCAGCACCAAUCAUUCGAUGAGAAGGUGGCCAAGGAAUCCUUCUGGUUCCUCUAAUGCUAAGUUCUCACUUGCAAAAUGUUAGGUAUAUAUUGUGUGAGAUGUGCUGUAACUGUCGUAACGCGUUACCAGAGGGUGUCUGAUUUUAAACGUAUUCUACUUGAGCAAAUCAAUGCAUUUUCUCAAUUUAACAUGGUUGGGUUUACACAUUUCUGUCUUUAAGAAGAUAAAUGAGUAAUAGUUUAGUGACCAACUCAAUCAUUUAAAAUAGUUUCUUCCUAUUCUGUUCAAAAAACAGUAAAUUUGGUUCCAAUC